AGCCCUGUUUACUUUUUGCCCAAUUUCAUUAACUAAAAAUCGCCUUUGCUGUGAAUUUUAUUGAUAGGUAUACAACAAAAUAAGGAAAUAAGGAAAAGGAACUCAAAUUAAAUAUCAAAACAGGAAGUUUAAUUGUAAUCAGUGGAACCUAGCACACAUGGAUAUUUCAGGUAUCAAAACGGAACCGCUGCAACCGGUCGAGAUUGACCAAAAUCUGCUAGAUGAUUUGUUAGCUUACAAGUCCAAACCAAGCAAACCGAAGCCGAUCAAAGCUGGUUUUGUUUGCGCACUCUGCCUGCGCCGUUGCCCUCCGAAAUCGGUAGUAAAAUUUGCCUCAUGUACAAACUCCAAAGCCGUUGAUCCAACGGAGGCAAAGCAAAAACUGCGCCAUGCGCUUGGGCUGGAAUUGGAGGUGGAAAAGCACACCACCUGUCUGACGUGCUGGAGGCUGGUUAAGCUGAUAGGAGACUUUAAGCUGUGCUGCCGGAAGGCUAUCGGCAAACUGGAAGCGGUCCCAACUGGACUGGACAGUCGGCGAGAGGAUGAUGCAUGGAUGUCCGAGGCCACGCUGGACUGGAUCGUGCACAACUGUAAGGUCAUCUGGAAGCAGAUUGAGCUCAUAGAUGCGCAGGCGGGUGCUUCGUACGGGGAAACGGUGGAAUGCGUUCCUGAGAGAUUAGCCGUGCCAAUGGAACAGAUUUUUAUCGUUCCUGACGUAAUGGCGAAGGAGUACCAAACGGAUGACGUCGUGAUGAGAGAAGGUGACGGUAGACAGAUUUCAAAAGUACCUGAUCUGUUGAAAAGGCUCCCCAAGGAUCUGGUAAUAAAAAGGACCACAUCUCAUCCUUCUGAAAAGAUUGACCUCGUCUCGUCGAUAGUAGACAUAAAAAAUGAAGUUCUGGAGUCGGAGCAAGAGUACGGUCAAGAUGAAAUGAUGGACGACGAAGGGAACAAUUUCGUGGACGAAGACAUAUCGGAGGAAAAAGUGAUAAUGAGCAGCAAAACCACCAAACGAAAGAGCCGAGAUCAAAUGCACGGAAGCCUCGAAGACAUCCUGAAUAUUAUGAACACUUCCAAAUUCAUUGCGGACGAUGAAGCAGCAGUGCUGGAUUUUUUGGCAACGAAAACAGGAUCAACUACAGCAGUUUUGAAAACAGAUAUUCCAGUAAGAAACAAAUCUAGCCGAUCUAAACAGAAAGCGAAAGUAGUUAAAACUGUUCGUGGAAAGGCGGAGAAAAUGAAAAAGCCUGCCAUAGCAGCAAAAGGUAAAUCAGGCGAAGUUGUUACUUGCGUCAAAAGUGGAAAAGAAAUGCUGCAUUUCCUGACAACAAAGCCGGAAACAUCCAAAAACUUCACCAAAAGAGGCGUACUGAACAAAGAGCAUCAAGUGCAGGUCAAAAAUCUGUACGAAGUGCUGGAUGUUCUAAGCACCACUAAAAUCAGUUCCGAGGAUCAAGUGGUUGCGCUGGAUCUUUUGGCUACAAAGGCCAAAAUAGCGAAUCCCAGGAAAAAGGAACCACCGAAAAUAAGACCAGCGGUGGUAAAUGAACUGUCGGAUGCCGCUCUCGAUGAGUACAUGGCCAGUGUGGAUGAAAAAAUUGUCAACACGAGCAGGAAAAAGUCCACGGCGGCUGAAGAGGCCUUGCUCCUGGAAGUGGACCACUACAAAGUCACCAUCUGCACGUGCGACAUCUGUGGAAGGAAUUUCGACGGCCAGCACGCUGUGAACGUGCACAAAAUGCGCUGCAAGCCGGAAUGUCCGGCCAACGAGAAGUACGUCAGCUGUCCGAUCUGCACGGCCACCUUCCUGGACAACUCCGGUCUGACCUUCCACAUCAACCGGCACAAAGGCAUCCGGCCGUACAAGUGCCGCAAGUUUUGCGACAGUACCUUCUUCAGUAACUUCACUCGCAUGAAGCACGAGCGAAACUUCUGCGAACGGGAAGGUCGCAUCUGCUCCAUCUGUGGAAUGCAGCUUAAGAACGAGGGCAGGCUUACGGCGCAUCUGAAAACCGUGCACGGUGAAGCGAAGUUCGAAUGCUCAGUAUGCGGCAUGAAGUUCCGAUGCAAGAGAAAUUUCAACGAUCACAAAAUGGUGCACACGGACGAGCGGAAGUACGCUUGUCCGCAGUGCGAUAAAACGUUCAAACGGAAAAGGUCGCUCAAAGUGCACAAGCGUAUCCACACGAAUCAGUUGCCCUAUGGGUGCCAUCUGUGCGAGCAAACGUUCAACUAUAAGGUAAGUCUGCACAGCCACAUCGAGCGGCAGCACGGGCCGUAAUGGAAAGGUAAGUCAUGGCAAUCAACUUGUAAUAAAUUUGUUGAUUUAUUUCGUGAAA